AUGAAGUUCUCGGUGUCGGAGUUGUCGUAUCUUCGCAGCUCGUUGAUUAGCUCCCCACCACUCCGGCCGGACUGCAGAAAGCCUGGACAGUUUAGACCUGUCGAGUCGGAGGUCGAUUGGCUGCCAUUCACUAAUGGAUCAGCCAGAGUGCGGGCUGCAGAUGGCAGUGAAUGCAUUGUUGGCAUCAAAACCAAGGUUGUAGCACGGUCUGAAGGCAGUUUGAUAGAGCCCUCUGUUGAUAUUACUGGAUACAAAGAUAAUGACCCGCUACCGAACUCGCUGGCCGAGGCUUUGCGGCAUACUUUGAACGCAUGCCCUGAGCUGACUGCUCAGCUUAUUCUUACCGAAAAAUACGCCUUUAGGUUGUAUGUGGACUGUGUUGUACUUUCAUUCACUUCGCACCCGCUGAGUCUGUUGUCAUUGGCUGUGUUCAGGGCCCUCAAAUCGACCAGACUUCCCCAGCUUAUCUCUUCUCGCGACGACACUCUGGUUGACGAGAUCCCUCAAUUCAACGACGACUGGGAUGCUGCACAGCCUAUCUGUACGAAAUGGUCACCCCCGUUGGUGUUGUUGCUGGCUAUUGUUGGUGACAACGUGCUAUUAGAUCCUACAGACGCAGAGCUAGAAGUCGCGGAAACAGCGCUGUGCAUUACUUGGAAAAACAAUGCUAUUGCUGCUCCUAUCAAAAAUGUCGAUAUUGGAUCGGGCAAAAACGUCGGAGGUUACAACCCCAAAGUCCUCCUGGAUGCCUAUGACUUAGUGCAAAGCUGCGCGGCUCAAGUUGUAUCGAUGAUAGUAUCAUAG